AUGGCCUUCGACCAUCUCGCUGAAAACACCAUCAUCGUCCUGUUGGCCUACACCGCCGCCUUCCUCCCGUGGACUGCUCUCACCACCUUUGACUUUAUCUCUGCCAAAUGGCGCAGGGUUCGUGACGUUCGUAUCGCCGGCUACGUCAACCUUGUUCUCGCGCUAGUCCCGGCAUUCUACAUACUGUUUUACAUGGUCGUGCAAUCCAAUGUCGAUCAAAAGGAGAUGUUCACUGCGCUGGUCGCUAUGCUGUUUGCGUUGCUGCACGUUGUGCGGACGUUAUGGGGACUGUGGCAGUUGCAGCUAUUUGUCAAGUGGGCUGUCAAGAGCAUUACGUCGUUGCGGGCCCUUGGGAUUGAAUAUGAGCUCAACACGGGCGCCCGUACUGGCCAUGAUGGGAAGAAGCAAACCCAGAAUGGCCAAGAAAGAGAGCAGGAAACCACGAAUAUCGGUACUACGCAGGAGCCCGGAAAUACGGAUGACAAGGAAAAAGUGCACUAUGUGGCUGAAAUUGUAGAUGAACUAUGGGUGAGCGAUGAACUGAUUGAGAACCGUGUGUUCCAUGGGAAUGCUCGGUGCUACAUAGUGUUUGACAAGAUUGAGUUCAGAAUAGAUCCAAAGAGAAGAAACGUGUUUCGUCAACGCAUCGUGCUUCUGUUACAAGCGCUCUCGAUACCAUUUCGGUAUGUGUAUGGAAUAGUGCAGAAAUGGCUUGGGAAUGGGUCUAUACCCUGCUUUGUCCAGGUUCCACACAAGCCAGAGGAUGUGUGGCUGCGAUGGUGCGUGGCGUUUGCGGCGCAGGGGUUGAACAAGUGGAUAACGGAGUUCACCGCUGCGCCGGAAGUCGAUGAUGAGGAUGGGGCGAUAAAUAACUUGGAGCGGUACGAAAGACGACGGGAACACCUGGCUGGGCGCGUGCUGGCGACGGCCGGAAUACAACUGUGGCUGGGGAGUUGUUUGCCGCUGGAUGAAGGCAAGUCGCUUUUGUCAAAAGAGGACUUGUUGCGACGAGCGAUGACGAGUGGACGUGGAAUGCCGUUCGAUGCAGUGCAGAGGAAUGCGGUCUUGCGGCCUGGAAAGGGGUAA